GAGGCGCAUCGAGCAGAUUAACGGGGGGAAAACGACAGCCGCAGCAUUGUCUGUUUACAUCGCUAUAAACUGGGUAGAUUUCUGUUACCUAUUCGGUGAUAAUUGAUUUACAGAGAUAGUAGGCUAUUUAGUAAGCUUAGCGAAUACAUCCGAUGGCGACCGAAUGCAACCAAGAAGCGGUUUUAUAUUUCAUAAAGGAGAGAGGAGGACGCGUAAAAACCGUGGAUUUAACGGAUCAUUUUCGUGCGACAUUCCCUAAAGAUCCUGCAUUAAGCCCAGUGGCAAAGGGAGCGUUUAAACGCUAUGUAGACAGCGUAGCUUACUUUAAAGAGGAAAAUGGCGAGAAAUACGUUUGCCUUAAGAAGAAAUUUAGGAAAUCAACGGGUUCAAUCGAGAGGAGUGACAGAAAUAGUCCAGCUGAUGAUCGCAAAUCCCGUGGAGAAAGAAGCCACGUGUCCUCACAGGCCUCUGAAAGCAAAAGUGGAGGAAAAGAAUUGGGGAUGUUACCUGGCUCAGGUUGCGCAACUGGUAAUGCGGGAGGAGCACAAUCUGAGCCGGAUAUUUCAGUCAAGUUUCCACAGGGUGUGAACAGCAGCACAGAUUCUGAACUCAUGGGGAACUCAAGCAGGGGCACGGCGGAGGACAAACCUGCUUUAAGUGUGAAAAUAAGUAAACCACAGGCGGCAGAGAAAGGUCCAAGCCCCGAGAUAUCAGUGCGAGACUCCGACGGGACUGUGUGCAAUUCGACAUGUUUACAGAGAAAUGAAACACACACUGGUGAAUUGAAAGACGAAUCACAGGAUGAGGCUGGAAAAGAAAACAGACCUCAGCGUGUGAGAAUUCGGCCGAGAAAUAAACUGACUGAAGAAGAUCAGCCGGACUCCAUCAGCGACACUCCGAAGAACAGCCGUGAACAUUUGGUCGAGGCUUUGACCAGCAGUUCACCUCAGGUUCGUCGCAGUGUUUAUCUCUCGGGCAGAUUUAAAGACUUUCCGCGGGGUGACAGCGACUAUGAGUCCGCCACAGUGACGCUCGAGCCGCUGGAGCACGAGUGGAUGAUGUGCGCGUCUGACGGACACUGGGAGAGUCUCCACCGGCUGCUGGACAGAGAGCCCAGCCUCCUGACCAGGAAAGACUUUGUGACAGGAUUCACAUGCCUGCACUGGGCUGCAAAGCUCGGGAAACACGAACUGAUUGUAAUGCUCGUCAACUUUGCCAAAGAACAUCACGUCACUGUGAACAUCAACGCGCGUUCCAGCGCGGGUUACACGCCUCUGCAUUUAGCUGCGAUGCACGAUCAUCUGGAGGUCGUCAAACUGUUAGUCGGAGCGUUUGACGCCGAUGUGGAGGCGCGAGAUUUUAACGGGAGAAAGGCGUGUCAGUAUCUGAAGAGUGAUAUUGGGCAAAACAUUCUGGACAUCGUGGGCGCGUGCGUGGGGUCUGACGCAGACAGCAUGGAUGUUGGAGACGCGAGUCGCUGGAGAUUGUCAAGAGUCAUUCAGUCCAACUUCAGACCUCUGAAAACUCAAAACCAUAGCAGCGAAGAAGAAAGCAGGGGCUUGACUAAACAGAAGUCUCUCCGCAGGAAAUCUUCCUUUUCUAAAAUGAAACCCAAUCUCAAUAAAAUCCGCACGAGGUCGCAGAUAGUUCACAGCACGUCACUCUUUGAUAGAUUUGAGAAAGAUACAACAGAAGAGUCUCCAAACUUCUUAAGACCCAAAUCGAACCUCUUUGCUGCUUUUGAUCACUGA